AUGUGGUCCUCGCCUGACAUCUGUCAAAACGUGGAACUUGCAGUGGUUUUGGUAUGGUACUCAGAGGCCAACUUCAACGAUAAGACAGAGCCAUUUGCUCACAUAUACAACGUCCAAGCUGGAGCAGAUACAAUGGAAUAUACGAUUGGUAGAACGAAUUCUGAUAUCGGUCCCGAUUGA